AUGCCCCCAACAUCUGUGGAAUUUAGUAUUGCCAGAAUUUCAAAAUGGUUAAGUAUGUCAUUGGCAGACAAAACCUGGCAUGCUUACAUCGCAAGCUGGAAUGAGUGGAUGAAGUUCAAAACAAGUUUUCCUAAAGAGCAUUAUCAAAGGGACAGUGACGUCUUAUUGUCUUUUGUACUGGAGCAAGUUGAGGCUCAGUACUCUCUUUCAGCUAUAACUAAAAAAUUAGCAGGCAUAUCUUUCUUUUUAAAGGUUCAAGGUGAGGCUGACAUAACUAAAUCCUUUUUGGUUAAACAAAUUCUUCGGGGUGUUGGUAGGAUUACACGAUCUGUAGACAUUAGGAGACCCAUCACAUUAUCAUUGUUGAAAGAUCUCGUUUCGGUCCUACCUCAAAUAUGCUAUUCUCGGUUUGAAACAAUGUUGUUUACGUUGUUAUUUUCUGUGUCGUUCUUUGGUGCCCUUCGGGUAAGUGAGUCGGUCUCUCAGAGUAAAAGAUCCCCAGGGGGUAUUGGGAGUGAAGACAUUCAUCUGGUUGAGGGCAAAUUAAAGAUUAUAUUAAAAAAAUCAAAAACGGAUAAAGUAGGAAGAGGGACAACCAUUUGGCUUGGUAAUAGCACGGAACAGUCAAUAUGUCCAGUAUUAGCUUUUAGACAUUAUCAGCAAGUCAGACCCUGCCUUCCUGGCCCUUUCUUUAUACACAGUGAUGGAUCUUUCCUUACAAGAUUUCAAUUUGUGAAAAUUCUCAAAGGAGCUGUCAGUAAGCUAGGUAUACCACCUGACCAUUAUAACACACAUUCUUUUCGCAUUGGAGCUGCCACACAAGCCUCAUUGAUGGGUUUAGGAGAAGAGUUCAUCAAAAGGCUUGGCAGAUGGAACUCCUCUAGGUAUCAACUUUAUGUCAGACCUACCCUGGUUUAGUAAGUGUUACCUUUUUUCGUUACAGUUUCUCCUCCUUUGGUCUGGAUUAUUGGACACUCUUUCGUCCACAGAGCGAGAGCUAGAGCAGAACAACGAACCUACACAACUAAUUUAGGCAUUAAAGAUGUUAGAAUUGUCUGGAUGGGCAUUCGAGGCCUUAAAUGGCCAGAUUUAUUACCAAUAAUUUUGCAAAUGAAAUCUCGUUGGGGUUUCCCAGCAAUUAUUCUGAUCCAUUUAGCUGGAAAUGACAUUGGAAAGGGUAGAAACAUUGAUUUAAUUCGUAAUAUAAAAAGAGACCUUGCUCAGAUCAGAUUUAUUUUUCCCAAUACUGUGAUAAUUUGGUCUGAAGUUGUGCCCAGAUUAGUCUGGCUUCAAGAUGCAGGCUUUCACCCCCUUGAGAGAUGCCGCAAAAACUCAAUUUUGCUAUCUCAAAAUUUUCCAAGACAGUUAAUAUUUUGGUUUAUAGGCACUAUGAGUUGGAGCAAGGUUUUGAAGGCCUGUAUCGUGCGGACAGGGUACAUUUGUCAGAUAUCGGUUUUGACAUUCUGAACAUGGGAUUCCAAAGUGCAAUUGAAAGAGCUUUACAUGUGUGGGGAAUGGCCAAGGCCAAUGUAAUGGUUUAAUUGGCCUUGACGUGGAGGUAUGCUCCUGGCUAGGUAAAAAAAUUGGCGGGGCUUAAGGAUAUUUGUGGUCAAGCUUUAAGGCGGUCCGCUGCAGAGAUCUGAUGCAGAGGCUGGCUGGGAAGAUAUGUAUGAACAGGUAUUAGUAUCAUUAGCAAUAUUAAUGUUCUGAUUGAUAUGAUAUUUAAUAAACAACAGCUGCGGCCAUUCUCCACCA